GGUUGGUAGAAUAAAUGACAUCCAUCACCAGACGAGGCUUUUUGUGUCCUCUCUGCCUCACGUAGCACUGUGUGGUGUUGGACUACUGCUGUUCUCAGCCUCAGACUAUAAUCCAUCAGAAAAGUUUCCUCCAGAAUGUCAGACACAGCAGACGGCUUCACAUCCAAAGACACACAGGACCCUCCCGGUUAUGAAGUGUCCUCACCACCACCACCGUCAUACUCCUACCAAGGGCAGCAACCUCCACCUCCACCCUACUCUGCAGCCCCGGCAAUGUACCCUCCACCCAAAGUCGAAACAACUUGCAUGUAUCAGCCCACCACUGGGUAUGAGUCUUUCCGUGACAUUUGCCCAGAGGCCCCGUCGGACUCAACUCCACUUACAGCUUCAUCUUCUUUUGAUGACAAGGCUGUCAGAAGAGGGUUCGUUAGAAAGGUGUUCAGCAUCCUGACUCUCCAGCUGCUGUUCACCUUCAGUGUGGUGUGUGUGUUCACCUUCUCCAGCGUGGUCAAAGACGCAGUGCAGACCAACCUGUGGGCCUACCUCAGCUCCUUCAUCAUCUUCGCCGUGGUCGCCUUGGCCCUCAGCUGCUGCAAGUCCUUCAGUCGGCGUCACCCCUGGAACAUCGUGGGACUGGUUUUGGUCACCCUGAGCUUGUCAUACAUGGUGGGAACCAUCGCCUCCUUCCACAACACCACUGCUGUUGUCAUCACUAUGGGAGCAACGUUGGCAAUUUCUGUUGCAAUCAUUGCGUUCUCCGCACAGACUCGUUAUGAUUUCACUAUUUGCUACGGUGUUCUGCUGGUUUUGGCUGUAGACUUGAUCAUGUUCGGGUUCUUUUGCACCUUCUACUACUCCUACAUCGCUGAUGUCGCGUAUGGAUGUCUGGGCGCUCUGCUGUAUUCACUGUUCCUGAUGAUCGACUGUCAGCUGCUUAUGGGGAUGAUGAGCUACCGUUUGGAUCCAGAGGAAUACAUCACCGCCGCUCUCACCAUCUACCUGGAUAUAGUCCUGAUCUUCCUCUACCUGCUGGGGAGGAGGUGAAACUGUAUGCACAUCAUGCAUGUACACAAACACACAUUAAUACACACAGACUGACACUCCAAGCUGUUCCCAUAAUGAAAAUGUCCUUUAUUAUUACUUUUUAUUAUGUAUAUACUGAAAUCCUGGUUUAAAGUGGCAAUGAAUGAAUGAAUAUCAGCAUUUUGACAGAAUCUGUUCUUUAGUUAUACACAAAUAAAAAUCGCUAUGAA